GGACGACACCGAGUAACGCUUCCACGUGAGCCGCACACUUGUCACACCAAAAUUGUCCACGUGUCAUCAAUAUAAUCCAUCUUUCUUCUACUUAAAUCCAACUGGCGUGAGUGUUGGGACCGGCUUAAAACCGGCGCGUAGGAUAUGGCAUGUGGAUGUAACGUUUUUCUUGUCCAAGAACGGAAUCUACUUUUGUUGUUGAGCCCUUUGAGCUCUGCUUUUGACCUUGGGAUUGGGAGAAGCUAUUCGUCUUCUUCAAAAUUCAACCUCAAAUCAAAAUCAUAAUUAAAGCACAGAACUUUCUUCAGCAAGGGCUAUAGGGUUUUUGAUUCUGUGUUAAAAUGUUCAUGACUCGCUUUUCUUUCUUCCUUUGCUUCUCUUUCUUCACAUUACUCUUUCUUCACUCUCAAUCCGCCAUUGGUUCUGUUUCAGUGUACCUCUCACCCAACAUACUAUUCCCCAAUUAUCAAAAUAUGCUGAAAUCUUUCAGAAUUUACAUUUAUACCCCCGCAAGACCCUUGUCUUUCGCCUCUCCAGUUGAAUCUCUGUUCUUCUCUUCUCUUCAAAACAGUCCCUUUGUAGCCCAAAACCCAGAAGAAGCUCAUCUCUUCUUCGUGCCCUUCGCUUCUGGUAUCUCCACGCGCUCGAUUGCUCAUGUAAUUAGAGAUCUUCGGAUGGAUUUCCCCUAUUGGAAUCGUACUCUCGGUGCCGAUCAUUUCUAUGUUUCAUGUUCUGGUCUCGGCUACGAAUCGGACCGAAAUCUUGUGGAGUUGAAGAAAAACUCGGUUCAGAUUUCCUGCUUUCCGGCACCGGAAGGUAAGUUUGUUCCCCACAAGGACAUAACAUUGCCUCCGCCGGUAUAUUCUCUUUCUGCGCACCCGCCCAGAAACAAAACUGCGAGAUAUCGAGGUUUUGUGAAACACAAUGGGGUCAAAGAGUCAGCUUUAAUCAACGACUUGAGGAAUGCUUCAGAUUUUCUAGUUGAAGCUGAGCCGUCGGAUGAGAAGACUUUGGCGGACAGACUUGCGAGUAGCGAGUUUUGUUUGUUUGAAUAUGGAGCCGAUAUUUCGGGGAUAGGAAAAGCUUUGCAUUUCGGGUGCAUACCGGUGGUAAUUACUGAUCAUCCGAUGCAGGACUUGCCGUUGAUGGACGUGUUGAGGUGGCAAGAGAUUGCUGUUUUUGUGGGGUCCAAUAGUCUGAAUAUCAGUGGUCUGAAACGUGUUAUGGAUCGCACGUGCGAAGGUGAUACAUCCGAGGGAAUGAGGAAAUUGGGUGCGGCAGCGAGUAUGCAUUUAGUAUGGAAUGAAAUGCCUGAGCCGUACGAUUCGUUUCAUAUGGUGAUGUAUCAGCUUUGGCUUAGACGGCACGCAAUUAGAUACGCACGAAGAGAAUGGCUGUAGGCCACUUGUUAUGAUGCAAAAUUUACCGAUGUAAUAUGCCUUCGAGCUAUAAAAAAAAAAAAAAAAAAA